CUCUCUCUCUCUCUAGACCAGCGAGGCUCUUCUCUUCGGGAGGUAUCAGAUCCGAGUUGGGAAGAAGAAUUCAAGCACUCCCCUCCUUCAAAACUCAACCUCAAGGAGCCAUGGCAGGAUCCGCACCAGAGAAGAAGCUCAAUCAAGUACUCGAGGGACAUCCCGGAAGUAAGAUGAUGGAGGAGGAAUACCCGGAAGAGCUCAGGACGCCGCCCGUAAGUCUGGUGGCUCUCUUCGGAUGCUCAGAGCUACACUCCUCCAUUACUAACCAUCUCCACUCCCAGCAGCCUCCCAUCAACGCUCUCGCCUUCCCCGAGUUCUCCCAUCUCCCUCUCCUCCUCCUUGCUCAUCGUGAUCAUCCUCACGUGAUCAACAACCCAACCUUCUCCUCUUUCAGAGAUCCUCUAUCCGAUUCCUCCGUUGUUCCUUCCGGAGGCAUCUUGAAACGGGACUGGUUGCUUAAGCAUCGCACCAAGGUCCCUGCUCUUGUCGCCGCCUUCUUCCCCUCUCAUCACAUCUCCGGCGAUCCUACUCAAUGGCUACAGGUCUGCUCCAAUCUCGACACCCUCAAAUCCGUUAUCCGUCCCAAAAACAUCAAACUUGUGGUCGUUGUAGUCCAGUCUUCUCCCCAUGAGGUAAUUAGCGAAGAUCGUCUACUGGCAUUGCGAAAGCGUGCAGAAUUAGAUUCUAAGUACGUCCUCUUCCUCAACCACUCUGAACUCCCUCUCUCCCUCCCCAGAAUCGCUUCUGCUUUUUCAGAGUUGGCACUUGCCUAUUACAGAGAAGAAGCUAGAAGAAUCAAAAGUCGCAUCGAAAAAAGAAGUUCCACUUCUCUUGAUUUGAUUGUUCGCUACUGUUUCAAAGUUGCUGUAUAUGCAGAGUUUCGUAGAGAUUGGGGUGAGGCAUUGAAGUUCUAUGAGGACUCCUACCAUUCCUUGCACGAGAUGAUCGGCACAUCAACUAGGUUGCCUGCAAUUCAACGCUUGGUCGAGAUUAAGACCAUAGCUGAGCUAUUGCAUUUCAAGAUAUCUACGCUUUUGUUGCACGGUGGAAAGCUCACAGAAGCCGUCAUAUGGUUUCAUCAACAUAAAUCAUCAUAUGACAAGGUUGUUGGAUCCACAGAAUAUAUUUUUCUCCACUGGGAAUGGAUGAGUAGGCAGUUUCUUGUCUUUGCUGAGUUGCUGGAGGCAAGCUCAGCUACUGUUCAGAGCUUUUCAUCCUUAAACCAAGGAACUGCACAGAUACCUUUGACUGAAUUUGAGUUUUAUCCUGCCUAUUAUUAUCAGUUAGCUGCUCAUUACUUGCAGAAUAAGAAAUCUGCCCUGGAACUGUUGGUGUCAAUGUCCGUAGCAGCUCAAGAAAUUGAUGGCAGCUCAGAGUCCAUUACUCCUUCGGUCUAUGUGGGUCAGUUUUCUCAGUUACGUGAGAAGGGAGAAGCGUUAACACUCCACUUUAUAACGGAUGAAGAGUACAUACGGUAUGCAAUUUCAGAAGCAAAGCGAUUUCAGGAUUCCUUCGAAAUUGUUGCUUGGCUGAAGAAAUCUUAUGAAUCGUUUACCAACCUUAAAUCCCGGAGGAUGGCUGCUUUUUGUGCAUUUGAAAUAGCCCGGGAGUACUUCGGUUUAUCUGAUCCCAGCAACGCAAAAUUCUUUUUUGAUAUUACUGUAAACUUGUACAGACAAGAAGGUUGGGUAUCUUUGCUCUGGGAGGUACUGGGUUACCUAAGAGAGUGUUCGAGAAACCUUGGUGUGUUUAAAGAUUUUGUGGAGUUGUCCCUUGAAAUGGUUGCACUGCCUGUAACUUCUUGUGACGACUUCGGGAACUUGAGAGACAAAACAUAUGGUCCUGGGGGUCCUGCAACUGUUUCCAGAAGAGAAAGUAUACAUAGAGAAGUGUUUACUCUAUUGUGUCGUGAAACUGAGCUGAUAUCAUCUACCGAAGAAAGUGGGUUCAAAUUUGCCAUUGAUAGCCCUCUUCAUCUUGAGAUUGAUCUCGUCAGUCCUCUAAGACCUGUUCUCCUAGCUUCGGUUGCUUUUCAUGAGCAAAUGAUCAAGCCUCGUUCUUUGUGCGCUAUAACGUUGUCACUUCUUUCUCAUCUACCCCUUCCAGUCGAAAUAGAUCAUCUAGAAGUUCAGUUCAAUCAGUCUACGUGCAAUUUUGUUGUCAGGAAUUCCCAGAAGCCUCUUGUGGCUUCUCCGUCUAGCACUGUCCAAAGUGAUAGCCAAGAAGAGAAUGAGCCGUCGCUGGUGCUUGUGCCAAAUAAUUGGUUAAGGUUGACAUACGCAAUCAAACCUGAGAAAAGCGGCAAGCUUGAAUGUCUUUCUGUUCUCGCAAAAUUGGGGACUCGUUUCACGAUCAGUUCAAGAGCUGAGAGUCCUGCUGCAAUGGAGGAUUCUCCUGUCUGGAAGCAUGAGAAUUAUGUGCAGUCUUUGCCAACAAAGGACCCAAUUCUUGCAGUAUUUGGCCAGAAAGCUACUCAAGUUGAAGAACCUGAACCACAGGUGGACGUCAGUCUAGGUGCCUCUGGUCCUGCCCUAGUUGGAGAAAACUUUACGAUGCCUAUUGUGGUAACUUCAAAGGGUCAUGCCGUAUACAGUGGUGAAUUGAAGAUCAAUCUAGUUGAUGUGGGUGGUGGUGGUUUGUUUAGCCCAAGAGAAGCAGAACCAUUCUCUUUAGAAAGCCAUCAUGUGGAAAUCUGUGGUAUUGAUGGGGCAGAGGGAAACGAUGAAUCUGAGUCUGAAACAGGGAACAUAAAGAAAAUACAGCAAUCUUUUGGGCUGGUUUCUGUUCCAAACCUGAAGGAAGGGGAAUCAUGGUCCUGCAAACUAGAAAUCAAGUGGCAUAGAGCCAAGCCUGUUAUGCUUUUUGUGUCAUUGGGUUAUUUGCCACAAGGAAGUGAAGCCAAUGCCCAGAAAGUUCACAUACACAAGAGCUUGCAGAUUGAAGGGAAGAUGCCUCUUGUCAUUAACAAUCGGUUUAUGUUACCAUAUAGAAGGGAUCACCUAUUGCUCAAUAGGAUCAAGCCAGCCCCUGAUUCUGAAGACAUUUCUUCUCUUCCGCUGAACGAAAAAAGCGUGUUAGUUGUCAGUGCCAAAAAUUGCACAGAGAUAGCACUGAAACUGAUGUGCAUGUCGAUUGAAUUGGAUGAUGAGCAAGGGAAAACUUCAUGUUUGAUUCAGCAGGGGGGUGGGGGUGGAGAAACCUCAGGUUCUGCUAAUCUUGCGCCAGGAGAAGAGUUCAAAAAGGUAUUCACAGUCAUACCAACAAUGAGAACUCCAAAGCUUAGUUUGGGAUCAGUGCAUUUGAAAUGGAGGAGGCAGGGAGAUUACACAGAAGAGGCAUGUGUUUCAACAAAGCACAAACUCCCUGAAGUAAAUGUGGAUGCAUCACCACUGGUCAUGAGUUUGAACUGUCCUCCGUAUGCAAUUCUUGGAGAAUCCUUCACUUACGCCAUUACAAUCUGCAACCAGACACAGUUGCUCCAAGAAGCAAAGUUUGCUCUGGCUGAUGCACAGAGUUUUGUCCUGUCUGGGUCUCACAGUAAUACGGUUUCAGUCCUUCCCAAGUCAGAACAUGUCUUAAGUUAUAAGCUAGUGCCCUUGACUUGCGGUCAACAGCAACUCCCCAAAAUUACUUUGACAUCAGUGCGAUAUUCUGCUGAGUUUCAGCCAUCUACGAUUGCUUCAACUGUCUUUGUGUUUCCGUCAGCGCCACAGGCCAACUCUACUGCCAAGUAGUAACUUCACGCGCGAGUUGGGUUUCGGAUGUGCAGUUUCGCCCAUCUUCAGUGAGUAAACACAUAUUAUGUCAGUUUGCUAAUUUUCUUACCUGGGGUGUCUGCUGUGUUGUCUUUUGUAUUCUCUUACGUUGAUAAUAAUUGGAUGUUUUUUUUUUGGAGAACUCAUAAAAUCACAAUUUUAUUUAGUAGUAAGAAACAGCAAAAAAUGUUUUAUUACAGUAACUUAAUAAUGCUUCAAUAGGGUUUACCAGACUCUGA